GCAGUUACUCAUCACUCUCACUCCUCUACUCUACUCUCUCUCUGUCUGUCUCUCUCUCUCUCAUGGCUCUGCUUAUCCACAAACCCAGUCUCCUCUCACUCCUCUUCUUCAUCUUCAUUUUCAUCUUCAGCACCACCAUAACUGUUUCAUCUGAUCAGACGGUGAAAACCUACAUCUUCCGAGUCGAUAGGUUUGCUAAACCGUCCAUCUUCCCAACCCACUACCACUGGUACACCUCUGAGUUCACCGACCCAGUAAACAUCCUUCACGUGUACGACACAGUCUUCCAUGGCUUCUCUGCUGUUCUCACUACUUCUCAAGCCGGUUACGUCCUUCAACACCCUUCUAUUCUGGCCACGUUCGAAGAUCGCCGGAGACAACUCCACACAACUCGGUCACCCCAAUUUCUCGGCCUGAGAAACCAGCGAGGUCUCUGGUCCGAAUCCGAUUAUGGGUCCGAUGUGAUUAUUGGGUUGUUUGAUACUGGAAUUUGGCCUGAGCGAAGAAGCUUUUCGGAUCUGAAUCUCGGCCCUGUUCCGAGUCGGUGGAAAGGGGUUUGUCAGAUCGGAGAUAAAUUCAGUUCGAGGAGUUGUAAUAGGAAGAUUGUUGGAGCGAGAUUCUUCUCCAAAGGUCAUGAUGCUGCGGGGAUGAUCGGUGGCGGAGGAAUCAACGACACGGUUGAGUUUCAAUCGCCGAGAGACGCCGACGGACAUGGGACUCACACGGCUUCCACCGCCGCCGGAAGGUACACUUUUAAGGCGAGUAUGGCUGGUUAUGCUGCCGGUGUAGCCAAAGGGGUUGCUCCCAAAGCUCGGUUGGCAGUGUACAAAGUCUGCUGGAAAAAUUCUGGAUGUUUCGAUUCAGAUAUUUUGGCCGCCUUCGACGCCGCCGUGAACGACGGCGUGGAUGUCAUCUCGAUCUCGAUCGGGGGCGGCAACGGUAUUUCAUCGCCGUAUUAUCUCGAUCCAAUCGCUAUUGGGGCUUACGGAGCGGUUUCGCGAGGCGUUUUUGUGUCAUCCUCUGCGGGAAAUGACGGGCCUAAUGUGAUGUCCGUGACGAACCUCGCUCCAUGGCUGACCACUGUCGGAGCGGGCACAAUUGAUCGGAAUUUCCCCGCGGAUGUAGUCCUUGGGGACGGAAGAAAGCUGUCCGGCGUAUCAUUAUACGCGGGACAGCCUUUGAAUGGACAAAUGUAUCCUUUGGUUUAUCCCGGUAAAUCAGGGAUACUCUCUGAUUCGCUCUGUAUGGAAAAUUCACUCGACCCGAAUCUUGUGAGGGGCAAAAUUGUCAUAUGCGAUCGCGGAAGUAGUCCUCGGGUAGCGAAAGGACUGGUGGUGAAGAAAGCCGGUGGCGUGGGAAUGAUCCUCGCCAACGGGGCCUCCAAUGGUGAGGGCUUAGUUGGCGACGCUCAUCUUGUUCCGGCUUGUGCAGUCGGAGCAGAUGAAGGUGACCAAAUUAAGUCCUACGUUUCAUCAUCUCCCACCGCAACAGCAACAAUCAACUUCAGAGGAACCAUAAUUGGGAUCAAACCUGCACCCGUGGUGGCUUCCUUCUCCGGCAGGGGACCCAACGGGUUAAACCCCGAAAUCCUAAAACCCGACUUGAUUGCUCCCGGUGUCAACAUUUUAGCCGCUUGGACCGAUGCGGUUGGCCCGACUGGUCUGGAUUCCGAUAUCCGAAAAACCGAAUUCAAUAUCUUAUCGGGUACUUCCAUGGCUUGUCCGCAUGUUAGUGGAGCUGCGGCUUUACUUAAAUCCGCACACCCGGAUUGGAGCCCGGCGGCGAUUCGGUCCGCCAUGAUGACGACAGCGAGCAUAUCGGACAAUCGGUUCCAACCCAUGAUCGAUGAAGCCACUACCAAACUAUCCACUCCUUAUGAAUUCGGGUCUGGACAUCUCAAUCUAGAUCUCGCCAUGGAUCCGGGUCUUGUUUAUGAUAUAACAAACGAUGAUUAUGUGAGCUUUUUGUGCUCGGUUGGGUAUGGACCCAAGACAAUUCAGGUGAUCACACGAUCACCAGUGAAUUGUCCAAGGAAGAGGCCAUCGCCGGAGAAUCUGAACUACCCUUCGAUUGCGGCAUUGUUUUCGAGCUCACCUUCGGGUGUUUCGAGCAAGACAUUUAUUCGGACGGCUACGAAUGUGGGGCCGGUGAAUUCAGUUUACGGAGUGAAGGUUGAGUCGCCCAAGGGGGUGACGGUGACGGUGAAACCACCGAAGAUGGUGUUUUCGGAGAGAGUGAGCAGGGUGAGGUAUGCUGUGACUGUGACUGUAGAUAGGAAGAAUUUGGUGUUGGAUGAUUCGGGUGCUGCAUACGGGUCGGUUUCUUGGUUGGAUGGGAAACAUGUGGUUCGGAGCCCCAUAGUGGUUACCCAAAUGGAUCCGUUGUAGUUGUUAUGGAUCUGGUGGUGUUUGAUCGAGAUCAGACGGUAGAUAGGUGGGUAGGUAUCUGAUGGGAUGAGUUUGAAUAGUGAGAUAGGCUGCAGUGUAUGGUAGCGUAACUUUGCUACAAAUAGUAGUAUUUUUAUUUUUUCCUUUUUGGGUGUGAAAAAGGGUAGGAUUAUAACUGGAGGUGUGUUGUAAUAUUUUCACUUUAGUCUUUUUUGUUUUGCUUUUUUGUUUUGUUUUUGUUUUUUUUAUUUUUAAUUUUAAGCUUAUAAUGUAUAAUGCAUCUAUAGAUUAUAGACUUUUGAAGCUCA